CAGAUCAAACGAAGAUAUUGCGGAACUCAACGCUUGUUGCAGAGCAGUAUGUACAUGGCGCUUUUGAAGACAGCGCGAAGUAUCAUCCGAUGGACAUGGUUCGCUUCUGCUUUCUUCACAUCCAGUUGUACGCGGCGCAUCAUGAUGUCGGUCAGAGCCGAAAGGCUAUAGCGAUGCGGUGCCUGCCGGAACGCGGGACGAGACUUCCAGACUCGGCUAUGUGGACAAGUCUCUGGAAUGCGACAGCCUCCGGCCUACGCAAGUACUCCGCAGAGGAAAGAUGGCACGCCGAGUAUGCACAACGGUACUGGCAUCCUACACUACCACAUCUCACUCCAGAAGAGCUGCUCGCCGAAGAUCGCAAGUUUGCUGGAGAGUGCCUCGAGAUCAUGAAAUGUAUCGAAAAUGGCGACGACACUCUGAGAUCUAAUCCACCCAUGCACGAGCCAGCCUUCCCAGACGAGCUCGUGGCCGCGCUGGGGUUCUUCAUUUUGCCCGAGGACGUCUCGAGCUAGCCGAGGCUUACGAGUCGCCAAGGACAGCAACAACUUGACUAUUGACUCGACCUCACCAAAGCUGUGCAGUGCCUUGGCUCGCCUUCGCUGGAGUGCGCGACAGAUACACCCAUCGCAGUUAAGAACAGGCAAGAUGGAACACCACGGCGGCACUGCUAGUGGAUACAAGCCCGGCAGACAGAGGACUUCACAGGGUCGUACGAGGCCGUUGAACGAAAUGAGAAUGAGAACCGAAGGACGAAACGAGCGAGAAUGGAGGCGAGUCGGAGAGCGAGGGAGAGAAGUGACGCUCACUUUCCACGUAGUAACGACAAGUGGCGGCAGACUCGGGCGCGUCACGACGCUGAACGUGUUCGACGAGCGGCUCAAGCGCUGGCAAGGCGUGCGCAAGCGGGCGAAGGCGCACAAAGGCGAGAGGCUCAUGUGCGCCGACAGCGUAUCGAGCGCGUCGAGCGGGGCGUCAAGCGGUAGUUCUGCUAGUGGGAUCGGUGGUGCCGAGGACGUAAGGACUGGGAAUAUGGCGGUUGUCGUCGAGGAGAAUGCGAAGAGGGUGAGGUAGAAUCGGGAUCAGAAUGCGCGGGCGAAGAGGGAGGAGGGACAGCCUGAGCCUGAGGAUGGCGAGUUCUCGGGUCAGCAGAGAGGACAGGGGCUGAUUUGUUCGCUGGCUGGACUUUUAUUGGAUUUCUAUUGAUGUUUAUACAUUUGUUACAACAUCUGUAUAUCUACGAAUCGUAGGGUGGCAGCCCAUACUCUUCAGGCUUGAAAUUUUCGAGCGAUCCGAGCGCCUGGUCUAGUUGUUCGACGGUAGAGAGCGACGUGGUUGCGUCUGUACUGGCAUUGUACCAACGGCAGCGGGGAUCGAGUCGGUACCUACGUCACUGCAACAGCUGUUCAGUCAAUCGCGCUGUUGGUAAUAGACAUUCGCGUCGCGCACCAUUCAUGCCAGCCCUCCGCCCAGCUUGCACGCCUGAGAUCGCAACUUCAGAGGCGAACCCAUUACAAGCCCCCGUAGUUGAAGACCCCGUCCUCGAAGCAGGCAAAGAACGCGUCUGAGGGGCGCGCCCUUGUGUACGCAGCUGCAGCGCGUCCAGAAGCGGCUGCGCCGUGAACCAGGUGGUCAAACGACGGUGGUAAAGCUGCGGAAGAGAGAGAGCCCGUAAAACAUCCCAACCGCGGCAAGAGAGACGAUCCCCUACUGAUCGCGGAAGUAGCACCCAGACUGCGGGCCU